AUGUCCAUUGAAUAUUGCAAGACUGGUGAAGACGUAAAGGGGUUCGCCGACGCUGAUUGGGCAAACGAUUCGUCUGACAGAAAGUCGUACACAGGGUACGCUUUUUACUUAGGAGGAAAAGCUCCGGAGUCAGUAGAGAGUUUUAAAUGCAGAGGUGACAACUAUGAAUCUAUGAGAUGCAGAAUGUUCUAUCCACCAAAUAACUUACCAACAGUAUAUAAAAUAUCAUAUGAAACAUUACAGAACAAUAUUGUAGAUUGCACACUGGACAACGGCUCAGACCAUGAUAUAACGUUGAUGGCGACAAAUAGCGGCAAAUGUAUUUAUUAUCCAUCCCAAGAAUUUCAUAAUUUCACUUUGAUAGCGACAAAUGCUUUAGGAGAAUACACGAAUAAAAUCUCCAUAAACACCCAUAAGAGCGUCGUGCCGCCAAAAUUGCAAAUCUAUGUGGAAAACAUAACCUCCAAUAGCGUAUAUUUAUCAUGGAAAAACCGUAAGCAAGAUUACUAUAAGGCCAUUGGAUUGGAAUAUAACAUUACCGUUGAACCGGAUGACCACGAAAAUACAAUUUAA